AUGAUGGCUUAUAUGAACCCAGGGCCCCACUAUUCCGUCAACGCCUUGGCCCUAAGUGGCCCCAGUAUGGAUCUGAUGCACCAGGCUGUGUCCUACCCGAGUCCAGGCCGUCUGAGGGUCUCCUCCUCCUGCCCCUCCACCCCAGGUGCCCCAAGAAAGCAGCGGCGGGAACGGACCACCUUCACGCGAAGCCAGUUGGAGGAGCUGGAGGCCCUGUUCACCAAGACCCAGUACCCGGAUGUGUAUGCCCGCGAGGAGGUGGCUCUGAAGAUCAAUCUGCCCGAGUCCAGGGUUCAGGUUUGGUUCAAGAACCGCAGGGCUAAAUGUCGACAGCAGAGGCAGCCCGCAGGGGCCCAAGCCAAGGCUCGUCCUGCCAAGAGGAAGGCGGGCACACCUCCAAGAUCCUCCACAGACAUCUGUCCAGAGCCCCUGGGCAUCUCAGAUUCCUACAGCCCCCCUUUACCCGGCCCCUCAGUCUCGCCCCCGGCAGCACUAGCCACAGUGUCCAUUUGGAGUCCAGCCUCAGAGUCUCCUUUGCCUGAGGCCCAGCGGGCUGGGCUGGUGGCCUCAGGGCCUUCUCUGACCUCAGCGCCCUUUGCCAUGACCUAUGGCUCCACCUCUGCUUUCUGCUCUUCCCCCUCAGCCUACGGGCCCCCUGGCUCCUUCUUCAGUGGCCUGGACCCCUACCUUUCUCCCAUGGUGCCCCAGCUGGGGGGCCCGGCUCUCAGCCCCCUCUCUGGCCCUUCCGUGGGACCCUCCCUGGCCCAGUCCCCCACCUCCCUGUCAGGCCAGAGCUAUGGUACCUACAGCCCCCUGGACAGCCUGGAAUUCAAGGACCCCACAGGCACCUGGAAAUUCACCUACAACCCCAUGGAUCCUCUGGACUGCAAGGAUCAGAGUGCCUGGAAGUUUCAGAUCUUGUAGAAGACACUCUCCUCCAUCUCUCUGCAUCUCUUGUCUAAAUCUUCCUUCCUGCGGGUUGUCUAAACCUGCGCUGGAACAGCAUCCCUGAGAGAGUAAGAACCGCGAGCCAUCCUUCCAAAGGUUGUGGCCUCUGAAGCUGCAAAUGCAGCUACGCUCAGCAAAGCCCACCCCCUCCUGCCUGGAAGAGAAGCCUCUCCCUCUCCCGGGGCAGCCCAGCGGGUCUUGGGGAUUCUCUCUCCACCCCAACACCAUCUCACACGGAUUCUAAUCGGCAUUUUAGAUCAUAAGUCCCAGACCCCAGACACCGGUGUUGAGAAUUUGUCCUGAGAUGAAAUGAAACCAAAGUUGCAGUUGAUCUGGGGUAAUGUUCAGGUCGGCAUCAACAUGCCCUUGAGCGAUCAGGGAGGGAGGCUCAACUCCUUACUUUCGAUUUGGGAAGCUUUUUUAGCACAUGGCUAGAGAUCCUUCUAGAAGUUCCAAAGACAGACUUGAAGAAGCCCCAUUGUGGAACCUUAGGCCAGCUGCACAGGUAAAUUAAAACAUCCAUAGGGCAAUUUUUAAGAUGUCACAAAUGUCAGGUUUAUGCGGUACGGUUAAGGGGCUGUUUGAUAUAUAUGACUUUCUUGUGUUUCAUCUUAGACACUUCAUCAUUCACCCAUGCAUUCAUUUGGACAUGGGAAAUGGGCAUAUUUGGUAGGAGAAUGGAAGGCAAAUUCCCUUUUCAUGUCUACUAUUUUUUUCCCUUUGUUUAGGAUUUUCUAAAGAUGAAUUUCACUCAAACAUUGUCUGGGGUGCACCAGCUAUAGCUCUGGGUAUUUCCAAGAGAAGAGGUGGUGGACAGGCUUCCCACCUGUAAAUAUACGAGAAGCGCAGGGUAGGCAGAGCGCUGGAUUUAGAGGAAACCUGCACUGAAGUGUACAAUCCCUUUUUUAGAUUGUUUGUUUCCAGUUUUGAUUUCGGGAUGGGACAACAGAGCUGGGCCAGAGGAAGUCUGUCUGGGCAGUACCAGAUUCUUUCAACAAAACCUGAGCCACAGCAACAGAGACCAGCCUUGUGAGAAUUUUAAGAGGAUUCAGGCAUUCUGGUACUCUUGGGAGCUUGCUGCUCUGGCCUCUGCCUCCUCACUGGGAAUCUCCUUUCAUUUUUGUCUGGGGGAAGCAGGAGCCAUGCACUUUCCACUGGUGGGUAUCACAAGGCCUGGGGGAAAGAAGGGGGAUGGGAAGACCAUGGCAUGCUGGUGUAUUUUAACAACGGCUUCUCCAAAGAGGAAAAGCUGCGAUGUGUCGGGUUUGCCAAUUUCUGUGGUGUAAAUAUUCCUGCUGAGUCUGAUUUCAAGGCACCAAUCCUAUGUCACUGAAGGCGCAGUUGGGAAGUGAUGCCAUCUGUGCGCGUGAGCGGGCACAAGCUGGCCCUGGGCCCCAGUGUGGCAAGGGAUGUCGGGAGCAAGGCCCCAUGAGAGGUGGGGCUGGAGGCGUGAAAUGACUUUCUGGGCCCAGGCUGGGAGAGGCCCACAGGACUUGGUCCCUCCAGGGGCACACGAUCACAAGAGUCCACGAAGACGGUUCACUCAGCACACCUCCUGACCAUCUGUCUGCCCUGACUCAUGCUGGGUUCUGGGGCAUUGGACCCCUAGGGCCUCAGAGUCCAGUGCAAGGCACAAAGGAUAAACAGAGGAGGACGGCAGAAGCCGGGUGGGGGCUGGAGGAGGGACGAGGAGGAGGUGACCCCGUGCUCUGGAUCCGUGCAGCUGGGAGCAGGUGACAGGGUCAGUUACUCAGGGGCAGAGACUCCCAUGCUCUGCGCUGGAGGCUGGGGUCUCAGGGGUAAAUGGGAACCUCUCCCGGCCCCACCAAGGACCCCCUUCACCCAGGAGGAUUGUGUCCCAAGCAAACUAUCCCAAGGCAGCUUGACGAGGGGGUCCUGACCCGGCCUGAAGGAGGGCGGUGGCGGGUAACAGGCGGGGGGCUGCCAUCCGGGCCAGUAGGGGUGGGACUUGAGGAGACCCCAGCCCAGGUGAUCCAGGACUUCUCUAGGAGCUGGAUGGAAUGAGCGAUUGAAUCUGUUUUGGGAGGUUCCAGCCUCCUCCUCCUGGGCUGGCCUCCCGAACUGGGGAUGUCGGUGGGUCCACUUUCCAUAGCCAGGAAGAACGGCAAGAGAAAUGGGGACAGAAGGAAAUGAGGCCCUUUAUUCCGUGUCCCUUUCCUACUCGCCGGAACCCCAGGUCCCUGUCCUUGGCCACCCACAGAGCGAACACCAUUAAAAUGUUGCA